UUAAUUUCAUAACAAUGAAAAUUAUUUUCCUGCUCUUUGGCUUCAUCUUCCAUCCGAACAAUGCUCAAUUUGAUAAAUCCGGAGUACAACAAACUCUCGAUGCACACAAUGAAUUCCGGUCUUCAAUUGCUAAGGGAACCUAUGUGACGAAGGGUCUCUUACAUGCACCGGCAACUAACAUAAUGAAAAUGAAGUGGAAUGUCACAAUAGCAACAGCAGCUCAAAACCAUGCGAACAAAUGUCCAAAGGGUCACGACGGUCCUUUAGAGGGAGUUUCUGGAGAAUGUAUGUGGUCAGGACAUAUCAAUGCAUCAAAAGGUGUGAAUCAUCUCGGAGCCGUAGCUGCAAAGGCAUGGAGCUCCGAGUACACUAAGAAGGGAUGGGAGACGGACGUAAUGAGCGACGAAUUUUUCAAUAGUGGCGUCGGGCAUGCUAUAAUAAUGACUUGGUACUCGCAAGUCAAUGUCGGGUGUGGCGUGAAGCUUUGUCAGAAGGAGGGUGAUUAUCAGUUGGCUAUAGUCGUUUGUAAGUAUUGGGGCGAAGGACAGGGUAACGGUAAGAUUAUGUACGAAUCGGGACCAACUUGCUCGGCUUGUCCGCCCAACACCACUUGCGAUCAGGCCACCGGGCUUUGUGAUAGCAAGAUUCCGGAUAUUCCGGAACCGAUCUACAAGUAUGAUGAGCUGGUCAAUAGUAAGCCGGCCUACACGGUGGUUAUGGGCUUUUUCUUGAUGAUAAUUGUUCAGCUAAUCUGAAGAUACAGUAUUUUAAUAAAGUUUCUAAAUGUA